AGCCGCCGGGGCUGCAGUCCUGCCCCGGAGCCGGCAGGGAGCGGAGCUAAGGAGCCGCCUGGUCUCCCGCGUCCGUGGGUCCAUUCUUGCGUCUUUCUGUCCAUCGAACGCGCACUGCUGGAGCAGCCACAAGGGUGGCAUGGCAACAAGCACAGACGUGGCUGGGCUGGAAGAGAGCUUCCGCAAGUUUGCCAUCCAUGGUGACCCCAAGGCCAGUGGGCAAGAGAUGAAUGGCAAGAACUGGGCCAAGCUGUGCAAGGACUGCAAAGUGACGGAUGGAAAGGCCGUGACAGCGACGGACGUCGACAUCGUCUUCUCCAAAGUCAAGGGGAAGUCUACUCGGGUCAUCAACUAUGAGGAGUUCAAGAAGGCCCUAGAGGAGUUGGCAGCCAAGAGAUUCAAGGGGAAGAGCAAGGAGGAGGCCUUCGAUGCCAUCUGCCAGCUGAUAGCAGGCAAGGAACCCGCCAAUGUGGGCGUCACCAAAGCAAAAGCAGUGGGUGCUGUGGAACGGCUGACCGACACCAGCAAGUAUACUGGCUCCCACAAGGAGCGCUUCGACGAGAGUGGCAAGGGCAAGGGCAUCGCUGGGCGCCAGGACAUCCUGGAUGACAGUGGCUAUGUGAGUGCCUACAAGCAUGCAGGCACCUAUGAUACCAAGGUGAAGAAGUGAGGCCUGGGAAGGCCCCCAGUGCGGCUGCCCCCACCAGAGGCUCAGGCCUGGGCCUGAGGGGCAUGUGGAGCGAGAGAGCCCAGUCCCCUCCCUGCUGGACCUGCCACCCAGAGCUUCCUGCCCGGGCCCAUGGGGCCAGUCCACCAGGCCUCUGACCCAGACUGCUCUGCAUCCCCUUCCCCUUCCUCUUUUCUCCGCGACUUCUGUCACUCUGAGGAGAAUCUGUGCCUAUGGCCUCACGGCUCUAACCUCGCCCCGGGCAUGGCUAACCCUUGCCUGCUUGCCUCAUAUUUAAGCUGCUGCUCUGGCCAAGUGCCUAAUUCUUACCCAGACCUCAAUAAAGACACCUUUUGUAUCAAUA